CGGCCCGGCGCUGCGAGAGCUGGUUUCGCCCUCCGUCUGGCAGGUGCGCCCCGGAAAGGGGAAGGCGGGACGCGGGGGAGGGGGUGCCCGCCAUGCCAACCCUGCAGCUUCUCGCCGCCGCCUCCAGCCCGCCGCCCCCGCGGCACUGCUGUCCGCAGCCUCAGUGAGGAGGAAGCGGGGGCGGCGGCGGCAGAGGCGGAGGCACCGCCCUCUUGGCCCGCGUCCCGACCUGGCGGCCUCCGCAGGACCCAUGGCGGAUUCCUCGCCGGCGCUGGCCCUGCGGGAAGGCAGCCCCCGCGCGCCCCGGCCCGCGGCCCUCUCGCCGCCGCCCCUGCGCUCGGGCCCGGAGCCGGAGGAGGCCGAGCUGUCGCUGAGCCUGGCCCGCACCAAGACCCGCUCGUAUGGCAGCACCGCCAGCGUGCGGGCGCCGCUGUGCGCCGGCGUCAUUGAGCGCCAUGUGGAGCACCGCGUCCGCGCGGACGACACGCUGCAGGGCAUCGCGCUCAAGUACGGAGUCACGAUGGAACAGAUUAAAAGGGCAAAUAAACUGUUUACCAAUGAUUGCAUAUUUCUGAAGAAAACUUUGAACAUCCCAGUUAUUUCAGAGAAGCCUUUGCUGUUUAAUGGACUUAACUCAAUUGAUUCUCCAGAAAGUGAAACUGUCCAUGGCCUUGUUUCUCAUGAAGAAGGGCUGGUAGCAGUUGUGGAAGACCCACCUUCUCCCAGUCCUCUGGCAUCUCCUGUUCAGCCAGUGCCGCCCGAGGAAGUGUCAGCCAGAGAUUUCCUGCAGAGACUCGACUUGCAGAUUAAGUUAUCAACACAGGCAGCCAGGAAACUAAAAGAAGAGAGCAGAGAUGAAGAUAAUCCCUAUGCAACUUCACUCUAUCAUAGCUAGAUGAUGCUAUUGCACCUGGAUUAAGAGAUAAUUGAAUCAUAAGGAGACCAACAACUGAAGAUUCAAAAGCACCUCUUUUGGGUUCUCAGAGUGUACAUCUUUAAAUCACAAUUAAGUAGUUCCGUUGCAGCUGCACUGAAGUGAUUGGUUCCCUCUGGCUUUCUAUAAUUUUAAGUCUGCAUUAUGGCAUGAUAACAAAAGCUCAUCACUUUUGUAGGUGCUGGUAGUUUUUAACCUUGCUUUUGUAAAUACUAGUUGACAUAAAGCAUCAAAAACUACUUACAUCAGGGGUCCUCAAACUACGGCCCGCGGGCCACAUGCAAAUACAAAUAUUGUAUUUGUUCCUGUUUUGUUUUUUUACUUCAAAAUAAGAUAUGUGCAGUGUGCAUAGGAAUUUGUUCAUAGUUUUUUUUUUAAAACUAUAGUCCGGCCCUCCAACGGUCUGAGGGACAGUGAACUGGCCCCCUGUUUAAAAAGUUUGAGGACCCCUGACUUACAUAGUCAAGCUAAAAACAUUGGUUUAUCUCUUGAGAAUUCCUAAUUAUGUGAAAAACAUGGUUGCUGUUUGAGUGAUGCGGACAUUGCUGUGUUUAUAAUUAAGUGCUAUAUAUAUAUAUUUCAAUAUGUAUUACAUAUUCUGUAUUAAUAUAGAGAACCAAAUUUUGUCUGCUAUUUUGUACAAGUAAGCUACCAAAGUCUAAAAAAAUAAACUAUGUUUUUACA